GCGCGCCGCCGCCGCCCCGCCGCCGCCGGCUCCCGCCGCCCGGGCUCGGCCGGCCGCGCCGGGGGCCGCCGCGCUCGCCGAGCCGCCGCCGACAUGGACACCAAACAUUUCCUGCCGCUCGACUUCUCCACCCAGGUGAACUCUUCGUCCCUCAACCCCCCCACGGGACGCGGCUCCAUGGCUGCCCCCUCGCUGCACCCCUCCCUGGGGCCCGGUAUCGGCUCUUCGCUGGGCUCCCCAGGACAGCUGCACUCUCCCAUCAGCACCCUGAGCUCCCCCAUCAACGGCAUGGGCCCGCCCUUCUCGGUCAUCAGCUCCCCCAUGGGCCCCCACUCCAUGUCCGUGCCCACCACACCCACCCUGGGCUUUGGCACCAGCAGCCCCCAGCUCAACUCGCCCAUGAACCCCGUCAGCAGCAGCGAGGACAUCAAGCCCCCGCUGGGCCUCAAUGGCGUCCUCAAAGUCCCGGCCCACCCCUCAGGGAACAUGGCGUCCUUCACCAAGCACAUCUGUGCCAUCUGUGGGGACCGCUCCUCAGGCAAGCACUACGGCGUGUACAGCUGCGAGGGCUGCAAGGGCUUCUUCAAGCGGACGGUGCGAAAGGACCUGACCUACACCUGCCGGGACAACAAAGACUGUCUGAUCGACAAGCGCCAGCGCAACCGCUGCCAGUACUGCCGCUACCAGAAGUGCCUGGCCAUGGGCAUGAAGCGGGAAGCCGUGCAGGAGGAGAGGCAGCGGGGCAAGGACCGGAAUGAGAACGAGGUGGAGUCCACGAGCAGCGCCAACGAGGACAUGCCGGUGGAGAAGAUUCUGGAGGCCGAGCUGGCUGUUGAGCCUAAGACCGAGACGUACGUGGAGGCGAACAUGGGGCUGAACCCCAACUCGCCCAAUGACCCCGUCACCAACAUUUGCCAAGCGGCGGACAAGCAGCUCUUCACCCUCGUGGAGUGGGCCAAGCGGAUCCCACACUUCUCUGAGCUGCCCCUGGACGACCAGGUCAUCCUGCUGAGGGCAGGCUGGAACGAGCUGCUGAUCGCCUCCUUCUCGCACCGGUCCAUAGCCGUGAAGGAUGGGAUCCUCCUCGCCACCGGGCUCCACGUGCACCGGAACAGCGCCCACAGCGCAGGUGUGGGUGCCAUCUUUGACAGGGUGCUGACGGAGCUGGUAUCCAAGAUGAGGGACAUGCACAUGGACAAAACAGAGCUGGGCUGCCUGCGCGCCAUCGUCCUCUUCAACCCCGACUCCAAGGGGCUCUCGAACCCGGCCGAGGUGGAGGCGCUGCGGGAGAAGGUGUACGCGUCCCUGGAGGCCUACUGCAAACACAAGUACCCCGAGCAGCCAGGAAGGUUCGCGAAGCUGCUGCUGCGUCUCCCAGCUCUGCGAUCCAUCGGCCUCAAGUGCCUGGAGCACCUCUUUUUCUUCAAGCUCAUUGGGGACACGCCCAUCGACACCUUCCUCAUGGAGAUGCUGGAAGCUCCGCACCAAAUGACUUAGGCCCGCAGCCCGGCCGCCCCGCCUGGCCGCCAGCUGCUCUCCUCAGCCAGCCCCGUCCCUGCCCCUUCUCUGCCUGGCCUGUUUGGACUUUGGGGCUCAGCCUGUCACUGCUAAGCCUAAGAGAUAUGUUGCCACCCUCGUUAUUUUCAUACUACUUGUUUUUGGACCCUGCCGGGCAGUGGCUUUCCCAGGGCAGCAGCCGGAGUGGCCAGGACUGGUGUGACCCAGCCAGGCCCAUCAGGCUCUCCUCGGGGAGCUCAGGGCGGCUCUCGGGGUCUCAGGCCCCGGUUCCUAGAGCUAUGGCAGGCAGGAAGGGUGGCUUUGUGUGGGUCACUGUUGUCGCUGGUUUUCCAAUCUCCCGUGCGGAUCUCCUGUUUGGAGUGACCCCCUUUGCCUCUUGUCAGUGCCAGUGCCUGGCCAGCCUGGCUCCACCCAUGGUCAGGAGGAGGGGACCGGUGGGGGGCUGGCGUUUUGUUGUGAAAGAACCCAUCUACUCCCUAGGCAGACGAGAGCGGCUCGGGGGCUGGCUGGCUUCCCUUCCCUCACAGAGAAGGGUGAACAGCCCCUUUUUCCAAAGAUGACUUGCGAUUUUGCCCCUGAGCCAGUCAGAACAGGAGCUGACCUCUGUGCAGGGUUUUGGGGCCGCCUCAAGGCUGCAGGGGCUGGGGUUACCCACCUACCCACCCACCUCAGUUUUCUCUUUGCAUCGUCUUCCUUUCAGCUUCGUCCCCCAUGGGGUCUCGUCCAACCCAGGGUACCGAGACUGCAGUGCCCUGGCCUUUCCUCAGCCCCGUAGCUUCCCUUUCAGUCUGGGAG